AUGAAUGGAAACUAUAUUUUUUCGAAGCACAAUAUAGAACAACUCGAGAGAUGUUUGAAGUAUAAAGAUAGUCGUCAGUAUAAGAUCAUGAAAAUUUUAAUAAAGAAAAUAAAAGUUAAUCGUAAAACUAUCAAAGCACAACAGAAAAAAAUACUAGGCUUGAGAAGAGUUAUCGAAUUAAAGAAUAAUGAAAUAACCAGGCUGAUGAAUGUGAUAGAAAUAAAGGAUCAAGAAAUUCGCAAAUUAAACAAUCUACUUGACCAAAAUCAUAUUACUUCCACUCAACCUAACAUGGAUUCAGAAGACUACCAUGAAGUUGAGCGAGACCAUUAUAAUCGGGUGCGUAACUCUAACAAUGAACCACCUACAAAGAAGCCUGAGGUUAAAGCAAUGGAUAAAUAUGGAUAUUACUUGG